GAGCAAUCAGUAUAUGCAUUGUGUUCACAAACGCAGCUAGCAGUGAGCGACGAAUCUGCUCCAUUUCGAUCCAGUUUCUCCGACGACCGAUUUUCGUAUCCUCGUUUGUGUUUCACGGAGCGGCGGUGCAAUGACCACCGGCGACGAAGACGAAAUUCACCAUGACAUCGAGAGAGGCGCGCCACCGGAGGAAGGUGGCGGAUCAACCCUCGCUGAAGAGUUUUCCGACCCUUUCGACAUCGGCAACACCAAAAACGCGUCUCAUAAUUUGCUCAAGCGCUGGAGGCAAGCAGCUCUUGUGCUUAAUGCUUCUCGUCGCUUUCGCUACACAUUAGACUUGAAAAGGGAUGAAGAGCAAGAAAUGAGAAGAAGAAUGAUUAGAGCUCAUGCUCAAGUCAUCAGGGCUGCAUUGCUCUUCAAAUUGGCUGGACAGCGAGCCACAGUGUCAGGCACAACAGUGAUUCCUCCAUCUCCAUCUGGGAUUUAUGGAAUUUCACCCGAACAGCUUGCUUCAAUGAACAGAGAUCACAAAAUUGCUGCAUUCGAACAAUAUGGGGGGGUUAAAGGCAUAUCAGGUAUGCUACGAACAGACGCUGAAACAGGGAUUACUGGUGAUGAUGACGAGUUCGCACAGAGAAGAGAUGCCUUUGGCUCAAACACUUAUCCUGUGAAGAAGGGGAGGACUUUCUGGAUGUUCCUAUGGGACGCCUGGCAGGAUACAACUCUCAUUAUUUUAAUAGUAGCAGCUAUCGCAUCUUUGGCUCUUGGGAUAAAAACUGAGGGCAUUGAAGAAGGAUGGUAUGAUGGAGGAAGCAUCACCUUUGCAGUUCUUCUGGUUAUUAUUGUUACAGCAACUAGUGAUUAUAGGCAGUCCCUCCAGUUUCAAAAUUUAAAUGAGGAAAAGCGAAAUAUUCAAGUGGAGGUGAUCAGAGGAGGUCGGAGAGAGAAGGUUUCCAUAUACGACAUUGUGGUUGGGGAUGUCAUACCUCUGAAAAUAGGAGAUCAGGUUCCUGCUGAUGGGUUGGUUACGACUUCCCAUUCUCUUGCCAUUGAUGAAUCCAGCAUGACUGGAGAAAGCAAGAUUCUUCAUAAAGACCAAAAAACUCCAUUUUUGAUGUCGGGUUGCAAGGUGGUAGAUGGUGCUGGAACUAUGCUGGUAACUGGUGUUGGAAUCAACACUGAAUGGGGAUUGUUGAUGACUAGUAUAUCAGAAGAUAAUGGUGAAGAAACUCCUCUGCAGGUUCGUCUGAAUGGUGUGACAACUUUCAUUGGCAUUGUCGGUCUCACAGUAGCUUUCUCUGUACUCGUUAUACUCUUGACUAGAUAUUUCACUGGGAAUUCGAAAGAUCCUGAUGGAACUAUUCAGUUUGUUCGUGGGAAAACCAGUCUCGGCCACACAAUUGAUGGUGUUAUACAUAUUAUAACCGCGGCAGUAACAAUAGUCGUUGUUGCGGUCCCAGAAGGGCUUCCUUUGGCUGUAACCCUGACCUUAGCAUACUCCAUGAAAAAGAUGAUGGCCGACAAGGCUUUGGUGCGCAGGCUCUCGGCCUGUGAAACUAUGGGAUCUGCAACAACCAUUUGCAGUGAUAAGACUGGAACUUUGACUCUGAAUCAGAUGACUGUAGUAGAGGCUUAUGUUGGUACAAGAAAAAUUGAUCCCCCUGAAGAUAGUUCCCAGUUGCCUGCAUCAGUUUCCUCUCUGCUAGACGAGGGACUAGCUCAGAACACUUCUGGCAGUGUAUUCUUAUCUAAGGAUGGUAAAGUUGAGGUGUCUGGAUCUCCCACUGAAAAAGCCAUUCUUCAGUGGGGUGUCAAGUUGGGAAUGAAAUUUGACAAUGUGAAAUCUGAAUCCAUAGUUCUCCAUGUAUCUCCUUUUAAUUCUACCAAAAAACGAGGUGGUGUUGCUGUUAGAGGGCGGGCUGGAUCCCAAGUUCAUGUGCAUUGGAAGGGAGCAGCUGAGAUUAUCUUAGCUUCAUGCUCACAGUAUAUUGAUGUCAAUGGUUCUUUGCAGUCAAUUGAUAAUGAUGUGGAUUUUCUUAAAGAUGCUAUUAAUGCAAUGGCCGAAAAAAGCUUGAGGUGUGUUGCUGUUGCUUAUAAAACAUUUGAAGCAGACAUGGUUCCAACGGAUCCAGAGCAGCUGUCACAGUGGACUUUACCAGAAGAUGAUCUUGUUUUGCUGGCUAUUGUUGGUAUUAAGGAUCCUUGUCGUCCAGGUGUCAGAGAAGCAGUGGAACUAUGCACGCAUGCUGGUGUUAAGGUGCGUAUGGUAACUGGAGACAAUAUUCAGACAGCGAAAGCAAUUGCUCUGGAGUGUGGUAUCCUUUCAUCAAAUGCAGAAACUGGUGAACCCUACGUUAUGGAAGGGAAGAGAUUCCGCGAGCUGCCUGAGAAAGAUAGAGAAGAAGCUGCAAAAUUGCUUUUGGUUAUGGGAAGGUCUUCUCCGAAUGACAAGCUUCUACUCGUUCAGGCACUGCGUAAGCAAGGGGAAGUUGUUGCUGUCACAGGAGAUGGAACAAAUGAUGCUCCUGCACUCAAUGAGGCUGAUAUAGGUCUUUCCAUGGGUAUACAAGGAACUGAAGUUGCAAAAGAAAGCUCAGACAUCAUUAUCUUGGACGAUAAUUUUGCUUCAGUUGUAAAAGUUGUUCGAUGGGGACGCUCUGUAUAUGCAAAUAUCCAAAAGUUCAUCCAGUUCCAGCUCACUGUAAAUGCUGCAGCUUUGACAAUUAAUGUAGUGGCUGCAAUUUCUUCUGGUGAUGUUCCUUUGAAUACAGUGCAGCUUCUCUGGGUUAACCUUAUCAUGGAUACUCUGGGAGCUUUGGCACUGGCUACGGAACCACCAACUGAUCAUCUUAUGGACAGAUCUCCAGUUGGUCGAAGGGAAUCUCUAGUAACAAAUAUCAUGUGGAGGAACUUGCUUGUCCAGGCUAUAUAUCAAAUAGCAGUACUCCUUGUUCUCAACUUCGAGGGGUUAAGUCUUCUCAAAUUGAAGAACGACAACACACAACAUGCUAACAUGGUUAAAAACACUGUGGUAUUCAACGCGUUUGUCCUCUGUCAAAUUUUCAACGAGUUCAAUGCACGGAAGCCAGACGAACUUAAUGUCUUCACAGGUGUGACCAAAAACCACCUCUUCACUGGAAUAGUUGGAUCUACAUUGAUACUACAAAUAAUCAUCAUCAAUUUCCUUGAGAAGUUUACCUCGACAGUGAAGCUUAGUUUUCAACAGUGGUUGAUAUGUUUUCUAGUAGGCAUUAUCAGCUGGCCUCUGGCUGUAGCCGGUAAAUUCAUCCCGGUCCCCAAAACGCCGCUAGGAAAGGUCUUCGUCAAGCCAUAUCAACGGUGCAUUGCUGCUCGUGAAGCACGAACGUGACAAGGCCUUUAUGGCGAGCGCGGUCAUCAGCUACAAUGCUACAAAAUCGGCACAUUACAGUGUUGUUUUAAAUAAGUGUAUUGCGGCAUGCUGGCAAACUGAAUCUGGAUUUAUUGAUCAUCUAUACAAUAUAACUCUGUUUUCUUAUCUUUAUA